UGAUGAUGAUGGCAUCCUCGGGCUAGGUGACCUUGGAGUCAGCAUUUUAUAUAUUCCUUGUACUGUAUUAUGACAGGUUUGGGCGCGUGGUACAUCGAUGCAUUGUCCUAGGUUAGGAUUCAGUUUAGCUAGCUAGCCGGCUAGUGUGGCUCAAAGUUACUGAUAAUGGGAUAGGAUAGCAAGCUAACUGUGCUGUAGAUAGCUAACGUUACGUUAUAUGUUGCAAGACCUGUACCACUAUUAGGGAACUCGUGUUACAACUUUGGCACGUGGGCUAACUGCGAUAUUUAUUAACGAACUCAAUUGUUGUACAUUGUUGCAUUUACUUGGUUGUUGUAACCACUGAGUAGCUAGAUUUCCUAUUUAAAAGAAUUAGAAAAAAGUAACGAUGAUCCCUUAGAUGCGCGCGCCCUCUUUGUCCUUUAUUUCUCUGAGCGAUGUAGCCACCACACAGUGCCACAAUGAAGUACAUCCUGGUCACUGGUGGUGUCAUCUCAGGCAUCGGGAAGGGCAUCAUCGCAUCCAGCAUGGGAACCAUCCUCAAGUCAUGUGGUCUGCGUGUCACCGCCAUCAAGAUUGACCCCUACAUCAACAUAGAUGCAGGGACCUUCUCUCCGUACGAGCAUGGUGAGGUGUUUGUGCUGGACGAUGGGGGUGAGGUGGAUCUGGACCUGGGGAACUACGAGAGGUUCCUGGACAUCAGACUGACCAAAGACAACAACCUGACCACAGGCAAAAUCUACCAGUCUGUCAUCAACAAGGAGAGGAGAGGAGACUACCUGGGAAAGACCGUACAGGUGGUGCCCCACAUCACUGAUGCCAUCCAGGAGUGGGUGAUGCGUCAGGCCAGAGUACCUGUUGACGAUGACGGUGUGGAGCCUCAGAUCUGUGUCAUCGAGCUAGGAGGCACUGUGGGAGACAUCGAGAGCAUGCCUUUCAUCGAAGCCUUCAGGCAGUUCCAGUUCAAGGUGAAGAGAGAGAACUUCUGUAACAUCCACGUCAGCCUGGUACCACAGCCCAGUGCCACAGGAGAGCAGAAGACCAAACCCACUCAGAACAGUGUCAGAGAGCUCAGAGGACUGGGCCUGUCUCCUGAUCUGAUCAUGUGUCGCUGCUCCACUCCCCUGGAGAACUCCGUCAAAGAGAAAAUCUCCAUGUUCUGUCAUGUAGAACCUGAACAGGUGAUCUGCGUGGCAGAUGUGUCGUCCAUCUACAGAGUGCCUCUGCUACUGGAGAACCAGGGGGUGGUGGGCUACUUCUGUCAGAGACUAGACCUUCCUAUAGAGACACGCCCCAGGAAGAUGCUCACCAAGUGGAAGGAGAUGUCUGACAGGUCAGACAGGCUCCUAGAGCAGUGUUCUAUAGCCCUGGUGGGGAAAUACACCAAGUUCACAGACUCCUACGCGUCAGUCAUCAAAGCUCUAGAACACUCUGCCUUAGCCAUCAGCCACAAACUGGAGAUCAAGUAUAUUGACUCGGCAGACCUGGAGCCAAACACACUGAAGGAGGAGCCUGUGAAGUACCACGAGGCGUGGCAAAAACUCUGCAGUGCUGAUGGCAUUCUGGUUCCUGGAGGGUUUGGAGUCAGAGGGACCGAGGGGAAGAUGCACGCCAUCAACUGGGCACGCAAACAGAAGAAACCCUUCCUAGGUGUGUGUCUAGGGAUGCAGCUGGCUGUGUGUGAAUUUGCCAGGAACGUGCUAGAAUGGGAAGAUGCCAACUCUACAGAGUUUGAUCCAGAAUCAAAGCAUCCUGUUGUGAUUGACAUGCCAGAACACAAUCCUGGGCAGAUGGGCGGGACCAUGAGGCUGGGAAAGAGACGGACCAUUUUCAAGACCACCAACAGUAUACUAAGAAGACUUUACGGAGAUCCUGAGUAUGUGGAUGAGAGACACAGACAUCGCUUUGAGGUGAACCCAGAGCUGAAGGAGCACUUUGAGGGGAAAGGCUUUCACUUCGUGGGUCAAGACGUAGAAGGAGAGAGAAUGGAAGUCAUUGAGCUAGACGAUCAUCCGUAUUUCGUAGGGGUGCAGUAUCAUCCUGAGUUCACCUCUCGCCCCAUCAAACCAUCGCCUCCCUACUUUGGCCUCCUGCUGGCAUCAGCCGGGAAACUACAAAGCUACCUACAGAAGGGCUGCCGUCUGUCUCCACGGGACACGUACAGUGAUCGGAGCGGCAGCAGCACCCCAGACUCUGAAAUAGCUGAGCCCUCCAUCUCACAGGAUUGAAUGUGACAGAGGGAAACGAACAAUGAAGAGCUGAAAGAGGAAACAUUUUUAAUGGAGGAUCAUCACAAAAAGGCUAAAUGAGUUUUAAGACAUGUUUCCUGACCUCCCUGAACAGUAUUGUUAGUAUUGUUCUAUGCUCUUGCCAAAAGGUAGGCAGCCAUCAAAUGUAACUGUCAUUAUGGGUCAAACAGGCCUCAGAAGUCAUUACAUGCAGUAGUAACCUGUAGCUCAGUUGGUAGAGCAUGACACUUGCAACGCCAGGGUUGUGGGUUCGUUUCCCACGGGGGGCCAGUAUG